AGUACACAAGACAUGAAGAAACUACAUGUUGCUGCCGAAUGGGACAAAGAUGUAGAUCCUUCAAAAGCUUUCGUCAUUGAUGGACAGUUUGCUAAUGGCGAAGUCAGAGCGGCAUUCAGAUAUGGCGAGAGGGAAGUGUCCAUCAUUGGCAAGCUAAUUGACAGUGGUGUGGAGGUGGAAACUAAAUGGGCUGCUGACAAGAGAAUCUUUGUCAAUGUUCACUACACACUUGGGAAUACCAAGUCACUGGCAGCUACAGUGCAGACGCCAUUCCAAGGCUGGGAAAAACAGGAUGCCACCUUUACCUUCUCCAUCACUGAUCAUGAAGUUGAGAGUCGCUUUUCUGCUACAUGGAGGAACACACAGCAAAUAGCACUUACUGUCACUGGCAAGGUAGAACCUGGACUCUUUACCAAUGCUCUUUCCACCAAAGUUGCAUUCACAAGCACCUUUGAUAACUAUGAGCGUAUCUCAUUCUCUCUGGAUCACAAUAUGGUUGAUUCCACCAUCAAGACUCAAUUGGAGGGUGCCUGGAACCAAGAGAAAAUGGAAGGCAACUUCCAACUCACUCCUAACACAAAUGGUGUAGAUGCUCGAGCUACCUUCACUUCCCCUGUCACAGAGAACAUCCUUGUGGCAUUGCAUCAUGAGUUACUCAAUAAGCAAUUGUCUACUACAUUUGAAGUGAAAUAUGGACAAGAGAUCUCUACUGCUACUGCCACGGGUCACGUGGACCUCGGUGAUGUGCAUGACAUCAAUCUGGUGUUUAAGGUUGACACCCCUGUUUCUUUGAUCCCUGAGAUAAAUGCCAAUCUUAAAUACUCUCUGAGUGGACAAAGUCUCAAUUUGAUAACUGAAGGUAAAAUUGGGGAGAAGAAAAUCAUGCUUAAUGUAACUGGCCAGAGGACUGUCACUGGUGACACUACAGACAUUUCUGGAGAUGUGCGUUUCAUCACUCCUUUCACCUACCCUCUGACAGCAUCUCUCAAGCACACCCAUGACACAGAGCACUUUACAUCACAGUUUGAGAUGACAAGGAUGUGGUCUACAUACGGUAGUGUCAAGGUGCAUGCUCAAGGAAACAUGGUCUCCAAGAAUGAUGUAGAAUUCAAAGUUGAUGUUUCUAGCCCAGUAAGUAAGGGUUCAAUCGCCUUCAAGCACACUGUUACUAACACCAAGAUGGAUUCCUUAGUUGAUGUCAUUUUCAACUCUGAACGUAUUCAUGUGUCUGUGGGUGGUCUUCUGGAUGUGUCCAGGAGCUUAGCAAACAUUGAAGCUGAAGUUACUUCCACUUUCAGUGGCCUAGAUGAUAUAAAAGUCACCAUUGAUAGCAAGAAGGAGGGCAACACAAGAACCUCCAACAUAGUCCUCAUGAAGGGAACAAAAUCUGUUGUAAUUGAUCAUACCAUUCUCUUCAAUGAUUGGUUCAACUGGGGAAAUUCCUUCAUUGUAAAUGGAGUCUACAAAUUAGACAACAAGCAGAUGCAUGCUGGUUCUUUGUACAAACACCAACUUGAGUACAUGUGGGAUCGCCAACUUGUGCAAUUCGAGGGAACUUUUGACAAGAGGAUCUCUGGAAAUACCCGUCAGAUUGAUGCACAAGUCUCCCUUUCCACUCCUUGGACUGAGGACAUGAAACUUGAUUUACAUCACCAAGAUGAUGGUGUUGAAUACAAACCAACCCUUAUCUUUGAGUACAGGCCUGGAAUGAAGAUUGAAGUUACCUCUGUUCUGAAAUGUGACUCAUCAUUCUUAUACAUUGCAUCCACUCUUACAACACCAUUCUGGCAGCCACUGGGAUACAAACUCAACAUUGAAUUCCUGCCAAGAAAGACUGCCACUCUUGUUUUAACACGUGGAGCCAACAGAACUACUAUUGACAUCACAGGAAACUAUGAACAAGGAAAGAUAGAUGGUGAGUUGCAUAUUGAUUCUACAUACCUUACCAAACCAGUUUCUCUGGAAGUGUUCUAUGACAUCAUUUCAGCUGAAAAGAAAGUGAACUUGGUGCUUGAUUUUGACAAAAGGUAUGAGAUAACAGGAACCAUUGCUGGUCACCUUAAACAAGCUAAAUGGUCUCUUAUAACUGAACUUCCUCUUGAAGCUGUACAGAAACUUGGUUUCAGUGGUGAGUACAAUGUUGAAGUCAUGCCCUUCACUGCCCAUACAGUAUUGGUUUUCAACACCCAGAAAUACCAGGUAAAUAGCAAGAUCAAUGCAGAUGAAUUCCAAAUCAAUAUGGAUUUCAAUGGAAAAACCGGAAGUUUAGUCAGCAGUUGGAACUACCAGGAGAGCUAUGCUGAUGUUGAAAUCGACUUCCAAUCACCAUUUACAACACUGGACAAUAUGUCUGUCUCAGGAAUGUAUGACUUCCGUAGUGAAAAGAAAGUGACCCUUAAGAUGACCCGUAACUCAAAGGAAAUCAACCUGUCUGGGCGACUUGAAGGACAAACCAUUGUUUUCGAAGGCACAACUCCAUUCAGUGGAUGGGAAACCCUUAAGGCCUCAUUCUUCAUUUCCAGUUCUGCUGUUAAAGCCUUUGUGUCCAGGAAUGACCGUAAGGUUGAGGUUACAGGAACACUGCACAUCAGAAAAGUCAAGGGAAAGAUUAAUCUCACCAUUAAUACUCCAUAUGCUGGCUAUGAAACCGUUUCUGUUGACACAAACUACAGCUUACAGGGCCAAGUGAAAACAGUGGAGUUUGAAGCCAAAUUUGGCUCACAAGAACUCUCCUUAAAGGGAGACAUCAAGACAAACAACAUUUUAGCUCCUGAGAUGACUCUCAAUAUCAUUACUCCAUUUGAAGCUACAAGAACUCUUGGUGGAGAAGCUCACUGGGACCUGAGAAACCUUGUCAAGACUGCCGAAGUGAAGGCUUUCCGCAAUGAUCGCCACUACCACUGGCAGCUAGAGACAGCUGCUGAUAGUCCCCUAAAGGGUUAUGCCAAUUCCAAGAUCACAACUCCCAUUGCUGGAUGGACAACAGUCAGUUUGGAAGGAAACUUUGAUUUCACCUCCAUGCCUUACAGGGCACUUUUUACUUACAACAAAGAAGCAGUUAUCAGAACAUUUGAAGUACAAGUCAGUGUAGCAGAAAAUGCAGUAUCUGGUGAAAUUACAACACCAAUCUCUGGAUGGGAGAAGAUUGCGUGAGUGGCGACUAUUCUCUGGCCAACAACCUUCUGACCGGAAAUGUGGAGAUCACCAAGAGUUCUGACAAAUAUCAUCUCAAUGGGGAUAUUGCUUUUAAUACUCAGAAGCCUAAGGUAAAUAUUGGCAUCAGGACACCUCUAGCAAAUGCUGCUAAUAUUGAGCUGGUUCUUGAUGCUAAUCUAGUCGAUACAGAAAAGAAUUUCCAUAUUACCUUCAAAAGGAAUGACAUUACUUACUCUGCAGAUUUCACAGGCCAAAUUAUCUAUAAGACAGGAUUCAUGAAGCUGCAUACAACUUCGCCCAUUCCAGGUUUUACAUCCCUGGAUGUGAUGCCAAAUACGACUUUACUGGAGAUGUGAAAAAUGCUGAAGCCAAUCUUAUGAAGGAAGGAAAUAACAGCAUAUCUCACUGACUUCCACAGUCUAUGACAACAAUUUCCAUGUUUAAGUGAAACACCAUUUGCUGUUUUGAAACUGUGAAGAUGGAUGGUGAUUACACAUACCUCAAUAAUAAACACAGUGUCUCAGCUUCAUUGAGAAGAAUAGUCUGAAGUAUAACUUCAAUGCUGAGAUUUCCCUCAAUACCAACUCUGUUACCCUGAUGCUGACACCCCCAAUAGUAGACAUUAAGCAUGUUGUCAUUAAUGGCAAUUACCAAGCCAUUGAGAAUGGAAUGGAAUGCUCCCUUGUUGUUGAAAGAAACCAGGAUAAGUUUGAGUUGAUACUCGUGGAUAUUUCACACCCAAGAAAUCAGACCUCCACCUCUCACUAGAGACACCUGUUGAGGGCUGGAGGAAGCUACAGCUGGAUACCCAUUAUGAUAUUAUCUCUGACAAGAAGUCUGCUGAGAUCUCUUUCCAAGGAGAUUCACUGAUGAAAAAGCUGUAUGUUGAGGGUAGCUAUAAUCUGAAAUAUGGAUCUUUUAAGGUUAUGACUCCUAUUGAGGACUUCAGAGUCCUGGGUGCUGAAUAUACACUAAACCUUGAUGAAUACAACAAGAAAUUGGAUGCUUUUGUUAAGAUCAGUCAAAAUUCCAAUGAAUGGGCCUUCGAGGCAUAUGGACAGUACAGUGAUGAUAACAUUGUUAUAAAGUUCCAGACACCAUUUGAGGGCUUUGACACUAUUGCUGUAGAAGGCAACCUAAAUUAUGAAAACAGAUCGGGAAGAGGUGUCAUCCUGUUUGGUCUUAUAAGUUUACCACCAGCAUUACUUAUGCAAAUGACAACAUGUCCUUUGAGCUGACGACUCCCUUUGAUGCAAUGAAGACUGUGUCCCUUUCAGCCCAGUACAGCUGGACCAGCCAAAAGAGCUAUACUCUAAACAUCAUUACAAUGACAAGAACUUCGUUCUCCAGCUCUCUGCAGCUCUCUACAAGGGCCUCUGACAUCACCUUCCAGGCCGGAACUCCUUUCAAGGGUUUCCAGAACACUUUCAUUUAAAUUAAGUAUGAUGUUGAUAACAGAGAGGAGCUCCUUGCAUCCCGUGUCAGUGUAGAUGAUCACAAAUACAGCUUUUGUAGGUGGAUUUAUUGAAGACAAGCUAGCCAUGUUCAAGUGGAAAACCUUAACUCUCCUUUCAGUGGCUGGACUGAUGCCAAGUUUGUAGCAAAGAUUGAUCUUUCCAGUGAAAAUAAAAACAUGAAAUCUCCCCUUUAGAAAGAAGGAGACCUUAAAGCUAUUGCAGUCUCUGGCAAGUUCAUUGGCAGUACAUUGGACUUUAAUCUGCAACUCCUUUCAGAGGGCUCAAUAAUUUCAACGUGUUUGGAUCUCUUAACCGGUCCAAGAGUCUCUUGAAAUGAGAAUGAUGAAUGAUGCAGGACAAGUAUCUUUAGCUGGCAAUUUCAAUUCCCUCAGAUUCAACAUGAAGACUCCAUUUGAAAGAGCAGAACAGAUCUCCUGGGAGAUCACCAAGACUGGUGAAGGCUCCUACAAUGCUGAAUGGAGGAGGAAUGAUAAUUAUGCAAUACUUACAAUAGAAAAGGACACAAUUAAGCAAUCCUUUGAUUUGAAUAUAAAGAGUGAAUUUCAGGGAUGGGAGAUCCUGGCUCUUACUGGAAGACUGGACGAAGGGACAAAACAAGCCUACCUCAGUGGAGCCAUUAAUGAACAGAAGAUCACCAUCUCUGGAUCAGGUUCUGUCAGUAACAAAGUGAAAUACAGUAUGACAAUUGAAACUCCCUAUGAAAAUUACAGGGAAGUAAAAGUGCAACUUAAUUAUGCAAAAAGAAAGAACACAAUGAAAUUGGAAGCCUCUUCAUCCUCUUCUGAUUUCCAUCUUCUGUGGUCAUACUCAGGAUCAGGCCUCGAAGCUCACCUUUAUUGUACCUAAUUCACAGCAGAACACUGAAAUCUCCAUCAACAUCGCCCCUACUCAAGGAAAAAUAACCAUAACAUCACGAUUUGAACUUAUCAGGGACUACCUCCAGGAAUACCAUGUUAAUCUUGAUCAGUAUGUUAUCACUGCUGACCAUAUUAUCAAGCUGAAUGGUCAUGAGGUUUUCAAGAUGGAAUUUGAGAGGAAUGCUCCUGAACAGAAGGGACACCUAGAAAUUCACAUUCAUGUUGCAGAACGCCACACAACCAUCCACUUCCAUCGUGAGGGCUUUAGCAAGCUUAAUUUCCUGUUUAAACGUGAGGUACCCCAGUAUGGUGAAAAACACUUCAAGGUUGACAUAACUGGAUCAGGAGCAUUGCCAGAAAAGGGUGCACUUGAUAUUGUUGUUGAGAAAAACUUUCCGUGAACCAGCUAGGGGCCAUCAAUGCACGUGUUGAAGUAGACCCGGGCUAGUUCCCAAAAGAAAAUUAAAUUAGAGGUUUCUCCUAGACGCAGUAGAUUAUAUACAUUUAACCUUGAAUAUAAUGCAGACCUUCAAAGCCCACAGCAUGGAGAUUCACAUUGGGAAUUUACAACUCCUAACCAUUCUACUUCUCCAUGGAAAAAUAUUCUGGAAAUUGGAAUGUUGGAAAAUCCAAAUGAUGCCACAAUAACCUUCACAAUCGGUGAUAUCACUUAUAAUGCUAAAGGAAAAACUUACUCUUCAGGAAUCCACCAUGAUACUCUCUUCAACAAGUCAUCAGCUGAGAACAUUUACCUCCAGUGGAAAUUUGAACGAGAUGGCAGCACUAGAGAUUACUUCCUUAAGCUUGGCCGUGAUCCAAAUAUGGAAUGCUGAAGCUGAAGGGAACAUAUUGAUAUUGCUCAUGUGGAUAUUGAAGGAGGCCUCAAGGCUGGACCAUUCAUGCCAAUGAGUUCCUGUUUACCUCUAUGUGGGACAAGUCUAAUGGUGCAGUCACUGGAGAAGGUACAUUUGAUUAUGGAAACUAUCAUGGCUCCCAUCGCCUAGUAAAGUUUGAACGAAAUGCAGAAAGGAAAUCGGCAUCCUUUGAAUGGUCAGCAACUUCAAAUAUUCCCCAGUACAACUCUGUUUCGGUUUCAGGAAAUUAUGACUUUGACCACAAAGUUGUUAUCUUUGUCCUCAUAAAUGCUGAUGGUAGAGAAUCUAAAAUUGAUGUUAACAUUGCUGAUAUCAACCCCACAAUAUCUCGUAAUACAGCAAUGAUUUCUAUCCCACUCCUAGGAUCUACAUUUGAAAGAACAGAACUCACUGUCAGUCAUGACUUUAGCCAUCCAAACCGAAAAUCUAUCUCAGCUGUUGCAAAGUUUGGUCGUUCAGAAUCCUUCAUUAAUGCCAAGUGGAACGAAGUGAUGGUUUUGAAACCCUUGAAGGAAAAAUAGAGGCCAAAUCUAGAUUCCUUGGAGAUAUUCUAAUCAACGUCAGGUAUAACAUGUCCAAUAUUGCAGAUGCUUAUGCUGAAGUUGACUAUUCAAGAACGACAACAGAUGGUGACAAAAAGGAAUUCAAACUAAACUGGACUAGGAAAUCUACUGAUGACCAUCUUGAAAAUGAAAAUGAUCUUUGACUCCAACUUUGAGACCCUGUCACAUGCACGUGCAUAUGCCAAUGCUGAGUAUGGUAAACAAUUUCAAAUUGUUAUCUGGGCUGGAUUGGAAUGAUAAGAAAAUUAACCUUACCCUUGAAGUUCGCAAAAAUAAGAUUUCAGGAAAGCUUACCACACCAUUUGAAGGAUUUGAAACAAUAGAGGUAGACCUGCAGUAUAAGCUUACUGGUAAGGACAAGUCAGUUAAAGCAACAUAUCAACGGGGAGAAAGGAAGGCUAGCCUCAAUAUGGAGUUGAGCAUGAAGGGUAAAAAAGGUUCCUUUAAUGUUGAUCUUAGUACACCUUUUGAAGUGGUGAAAAACCUUCAUAUUGAUGGUCAGUAUGAAAUAAAGUGGCUCAAGUUAAUACCAAAGAAACGAUAUUCACAUGAACUUCAAUGGAAAGGCUAACAUCAAGUCAAGUAAAGCUUCCUUUGACAUUUCAUUCACACCUCCCAGCGGACAAAAUAUCAGGAUAGCUGCUUCAUAUGAUGUACAGGACUUCAUUGCUGGUACAGGAACUGAGGAGAAAGAACUAGCUAGUCUUUCACUUGAAUUUGAAGGUAACUCAUUGGACUUCAGCCUUCAUGGCUUCCGCAAUGAUGACAGACUCUAUGUGAUGAUUCAUGGGUCUUCCUCCUUUGCAGUGCUCAAGAUGUUCCAUCUCAAAUUAGAUUCUGAACUGAAUACUCAGGCAAGGGAUGGCACUUUUGAACUCACUUUCAAUGAUUUUAAAUUCAAUGUAAGCAAUCACUUUGAAAGACGAGAAGACAAUGGUUAUUACUUUAGAAGCAAGAUUGAGUCGACACUCACUCCACUCCCAGCACUGAUCAUUGGUCUUGGGCGUGAAGGUGAAGAACGUAUCAUAACCGUUGGUUAUGGAGAGGACAAAGAGAUUACUUUCUCUAUAAAAGGUAAGAACAACUUCCUUUCUGGAUUUUCGGGCAAGGUUGACAUUCCCUCCCUAAAUUAUGAAGGAGUGGAAUAUGAUGUGGAUUACAGCUUCCCAGGUGAUAAUCACCUCCAGAUUCAUGUCGAGAUUGACUUAGACGAAAACGAGCAAGAAGUGGAGGCAACAUUCUUCCUGGAUUCAGAAGGUAUCAAGGCUCGCCUGACAUCCACUGUACUGGGUGACCAUUCCUUGCGUGUUCGUCGAUCAGUGUCCCCUGAUGGCUUUUAUGCUGAAGCUGGUCUUGAUGAUUACAGCCUGAAAUUGCGAGGAGGCUUCAAGAACGAAGAUACCGCACGAGGUGUACUACUGGAAGGAGAAGUAUUUGGUAAUAGAUUCCUUGUUGACACCUUAUUCCAGUGUGAAGGAAAGCGAUAUUCUGAGGGUAAACUUAUCAUCCACACUCCAUUCCCUGGCAUGGAAAAGAUGGGUGGCCUAUUCACAUGGUCUAAUGCAAACAAGAAAAUCAUGGCCCAUGCUGAACUACAUCUUCCUUCUUAUAUACCCACCUACAAUUACUGGUGAGAUUAGCCUAGACCUUAAAAAGAAGAUUCAAUGGUUAUGUCACGCUUGACGUAGCUGGAGAGGAAUUCACCCUGAAGUGCAAUCUUGCUGGUUCUUCCAUUUCUCAAGGUUAUACAGGUUCACUUGAAUUCUAUACUCCAUUCCAUGCUGUAUCACAUGUUAUGUUGACAGGCGACAUAAAAAUGCAGGCAUUGUCCUUCCUUGACAUGGAAGUAAAAAUUGAAGCACCUUUUGCCACACAUGACCUUAAACUGAAAUACCAGCUUAGUGCUGACAAAGUCUCUGGGGAAGCUUUCCUUGAGUCAACAAGGUUGUAUAACACCAUUCAGCUAAGCCUUAAUCUUGAGGGCCUCAGCACUGGAAAUGUAGAGGUUGACUUGACUGUCAAUGACAACAAGAUUAAUGCACAUUACAUUUUGGCUCAAUCCACCUUCAAAUUCGACGUGACAACCGUUAUUUUUAGCAAGGAACGCCAGUUCUCCAUUGAAGCUAAGUAUCCAUCUCUGGAGAGCCUCGAGGGUGUAGUUGCUGUUAGUCUGGAAGGUGAAAAGCACAUGGUUUAGUGGAAGCCUGAACAUCGUUAACAAUCGUAUCCAAGGAGCCCUGGAUUUGGAAUCUGACCUUAUUCAGCGGCCACAGAAACUGAUGUUCGACGUUUCCAAGCCAAGUACUUCCUAUAAACAAGCUCAUUUAAAAUCAUUUUCACUAGCAGUGCCCCUCAUUCCUUCUACCUGGAUUUGGAUCUAAGAAGUGGGCUUGAAGCUACUGUAAAGAUUGAUACACCCGUUUUUUCCAAAAGUUACCACUCCCCUGCAAGUAACCCUGCUGUUGCUGGAAUCACCGUCGAGACCCCCAAAGGAACACACAAGGUUCAGGUUAGCUGGCGCCAGACUCGUAGAAUGCCAUCUGACUGGAUUGCUUCCCUAGAGCUGAUCUCUCCAUUGCUGCCUGAGAACUACCUCUUCAGUGUUAACCUUGGAAGUAAACACAUCAUGGCUGAGCUGCAGACAGGGAGCAUAAAGCACAAUCUUGAAGCCAGAACCUCAAUGUCUAACUAUGGUGGUGAUUUGUCUCUCAUGAUUGACACACCCUUUAAAGAUAUCAAUAAAGUUAUGUUUGAUGCCUCACUCAACUUCCAGAACAAUGUUGAACUGUAUAUCACAGCCAAGUUUGCCAACACAGUCAAUUCCUUCCGGUUCAAUUUGGAUAAGGAAAACAGGAAGCUAAUUAGCAUUGUGGAAUCUCCAUACAUUCCAACGGGAAUGGCUGAAGCUGAAGCUAUGCUCACUGGAAAUACAAAUGAGAACAUGCAAAUGAAGAUGACUUUGAAGAAUGCUGAAGAUACCAUCUCUGGAAUCCUCAAUAUUAAGAUCAAGUCUUCACAGAAUAUCAAUACCAACCUCAAGAUUAUUACGCCAUUCAAGGGUUACAAGAAGAUGAACUUCGGUGCCCGCUACCUUAAAGAUGAAGUGACCAACAUUUCCGUGUUUGCUGACAAGCCUCUGAAGUUUAAGGCAGAUCUUCAGUUUGGAAACACCGAGGAUGCCGUGGCAACCAACUUGGUUGUUGAAACUCCCAUUGAAGACUUCGAGAGGAUCGAGGCUGAAAUGAAGGUUCCCCUGUACAGGUUUGCUCCGAAGGUGAUGCUGACUCUCCCUCACAACCGUUACGGAUUUACUGCAGAUUACGGCAGUGACUCUUUCUCUCAGAAGUUAUCUGCUGGCGUGACGGUGAACGAGGAAUCAUAUGACGGAUACUACUCUCUGAGGACAAAGGCGCCCUACGAACUGGCUUACGGCUACAACUUAGCUCACUUGGCAAGCACACGAUUCCAUCUUAGAACCGACUCGUCAUUCUUCUCUGUGUUUGCAUAAAUUCAGUGUGAUUUGCUUGAGGACACGAUAUGUAUUUAUGCGUAAUUUACUAACUACAUUAACGGCAUCUAGUCAGAUCGAAACACUUCAUUAUGCUAUAUGAACAUGACAAAACCAUUCCAGUUAUAUUAAAUAGUUACAAGGAUAUGAAAUUGUGCCUAAACUCAUCAAUUUUGACAAGUUUACCUUUUAUGUAUAUAGAUAAUCAUGAUUGUGACAUGUAGUACAUUAAAAUUUUUUAAACAAAAUA